AUGAAGAUCCAUAUUCAAGGGAUUGGAAAGUGGAGUUAUGUUAUUGGUAGCACUGCAAGACCUGCUGCAGGACCAAAAGCUGAUGAAUGGGACACAGCAAAUACUAACGUGAUGGGAAUUCUUCUAAAAGCAAUGACUCCAGAGGUAAUGCAGUUAUUUGCUAAUUUUGAUUCUCCCAGAGCAAUUUGGGACUCUGUUGCUGCUACUUAUUAUGAUGGAAGUGACUUUGCCCGUGUUCAUGAAUUAAAUGUCAAAGCUUUCAAAAUAACUCAAAGUGGACAGCCUGUUGCAACAUUUUAUGCAAAUUUGAAGACAAUCUGGCAGGAGCUUGAUCAGAGAAAUCCUAAUCCUAUGACUUGUGAAGCAGACAUCACUACCUACAGGAGUGAGCAAGAUAAGAUGCGUGUUCAUGUCUUUCUUGCUGGUCUCGAUCCUCAUUUCGAAGGGGCAAAGAAUGAGUUAUUGCGUCUUGCAACUCCUCCAACGUUGGAGCAAGCCUUUGCUUAUAUUCGAAAAGAUGAAGCCAACAAAGUUGCUGCCAAGGGUCUUCAUACUGACAUUUCAGUUUUAGCAGUCCAGGCUAGAUCACCUCAAUCUUUGUCUCCUCAGUAUGGGAGUUCAUCUCAUGUCCCAUCUCUAAGUCACUAUCGACCUCGGAGCCAGGUGUACCAACAGAAUCAGAAUUAUAGCCGAGGGCUGGCUCCGGUUAAUAACCAAAUGACUUGCAACUAUUGUAAGGAAGUUGGUCAUUUCAAGAAUGAAUGCCCUAAGCUACGAAGGUUUAAUUCGAACAAUUCCGGUUGGAGAGGAGGAAGUAAUACUGGAGGAAGUAGAGGUCAGAGAGGCAAAGCAGCAAUCCAAAUGGUGCCAGAACCUGAUUUCUAUGGUGUCGAAGGGCGAGACCUCUCUAAGGGUAAUGUUUCCUUGACUAAGGAAACUCGAGAAUCUGUGCAAUCGGGUGAUCAUGGGCAAGGGAGACCUGAGGGGGAGACUGUUUCAUUUGGAUUGCAUGUACGCAGGACAAACACAAGAACCAGAACAACCUUUAGCCCUGACAUCGAGUUCUGA